CCGCAAAGUUAUAAUCACGGCAGCACAGCAGCGGCAGCGGCAGCCACAACAGCAGCAAUGGCCGCUUUCCGCAGAGUGGCAGCGCUGGCCGGUAAACUGAACCUCUUGUCGGCAGCGAGAAACGAGCUCGUCGGUGGUCAAACGGCCAGGGGAGGAAGAACACGGAGGUGUCUGGCUGUCGGGAUGUGUCUUGCAACGGGUGGCGCCGUGGCUCUCUACUUCUACAACGAGAUGGCGAGCGGCAGAGGCAGGAAGAGGAUGGGGAGUCACAGCAUCAACGGUAUGCUACCGUCCAUCCCGACCGUUGAAGCCAAGGAGAAGGCACGUCUGUUUGAUUUUGAGGAUGGAGACGUGUACAUGUCGUCCCAUGAGCAUCGCUUCCGCAUGUUUAGCUCUGUAGAGUAUGAUGGACAGCUGUACAUGACUCCACAGAACUUCAUCGAGUCGGUCACCAUGAACGAACCUCGAAUCAAGAGGCCCUGGAGGUCCCUGGCCAAACAGGAGCUGGAAAAGGUUUUGUCAGAAACUCCCCCAGUGUGGAGAGGGUCCUCCAAACUGUUCCGCAACCUGAGAGAACGAGGCAUCAUCUCAUACACAGAGUACCUGUUCUUGCUCUGCAUCCUGACAAAGCCUCAUGCUGGCUUCAAGAUUGCUUUCAAUAUGUUUGAUGCAGACGGCAACCAGAUGGUGGACAAGAGGGAGUUCUUGGUGCUUCAGGAGAUCUUCCGGAAGAAAAAUGAGAAGAAAGGGAGAAAAGGAGAUGCUGAGAAGUCUGCACAGUUGAGUAUGCAGCUCUAUGGAUAUCAGGUUGCCCCCAUGAACAGCGUGCUAAAAAAAGACAGUCAGGAGUUUGUGGCGCGGAGUUACUGGGACGUUCUGAGGCGAAGCGCCAGUCAAGUCCUCUUUUCUGACCUGGCGGAGGAUUUUACUCUCGAGCGAACAGAUGAGAGUAUCACAAUUGACACCACUCUGUUGGUCCAUUUCUUCGGGAAGAAAGGGAAGGCAGAGCUCACAUUUGAUGACUUCUACAGGUUUAUGGAUAACCUUCAAACAGAAGUGCUGGAAAUUGAGUUUCUGACCUACUCUAAAGGGAUGACCACCAUCAGUGAGGAAGACUUUGCCAAAAUCCUGCUUCGCUUCACCAAUGUGGAGAACAUCAGUGCCUACCUGGAGAAUGUCCGCCAGUGCAUACCUGACGAGAAGAAGCAGGAGGGAAUCACCUUUGAUGAGUUCAGAUCAUUCUUCCAGUUUCUCAACAACCUCGAGGACUUUGCCAUUGCAAUGCAGAUGUACAAUUUUGCUUCUCGCUCCAUUGGACAAGAUGAGUUUGCACGAGCUGUGUAUGUGGCCACUGGGCUGAAGCUGACACGUCACCUUGUACACACCAUCUUCAAGAUCUUUGACGUGGAUCAUGAUGACCAGCUCUCCUACAAGGAGUUCAUUGGAAUAAUGAAGGAUCGGCUGCACAGGGGAGGCAGGGGCUAUAAAUCUCUGGAGCGUGCCACGUCUUUUAGAUCGUGUCUGAAGAGGGAGCUGGCAGGCAGCAGGUGAAGGGCCGACACUACACCUCCUUCUCCACUUGUGUUGGCUCUGGGGCCAGAAGACAUGUGCACCAGUUCUGGAAGAGGUACACAGAGAAGCCGUAGAGGAGGAGGGAGAAAGAAUUCAGAAAACAACAUGAAGGAAAAAGUGUGACGAAGGAAUAAAUUAAAACUUGAGCUCUGAAUUUUAUAGCCAGUGGUGUAUGUUAACAUUGUAUUUUUAAUGGCAGAUCUCCAUUCGACUUCCAAAGCAACUACAAUAACUACAAGCAUGCCUUCGCACAGCUGACCGACACUCUGAAUCACUGCAUGAUAAUGAGCAACAUGUGUUCUGUUUUGGUUCCUGUUUUCCCAGUCGUCUUGAGCUGAUGCCAAAGUACAUUACAAUUAACAGUGUAUAUAAU